AUGAAGCUCUUCUCCUGCCUCAUGGCUCUCCUGCUUUUCCUCCUCCAGGCUGUUCCAGGUCUCGGCUUGCCCAGGGACACCUUGCGUUGUUUGGAAUACCACGGCUACUGCUUCCAUCUGAAAUCCUGCCCAGAGCCCUUCGCUGCCUUUGGAACCUGCUAUCAGCGCCGGAGGACCUGCUGCGUUGACACAACAUCCAACUUCCACAUCUGCCAAGAUGAGGGGGGCCAUUGUGUGCCCCCAGAAAUCAGAUGUCUGCAAGAGCAAGAGGGACUCUGCCCUCGCAGAGGAUGGAAGUGCUGCACAGAAGUGUGA